AAAAUGAGAGUGCAGAAGUUCAAUAUAAUGCAGAAGUUCAACAUAAUACAGAAGUUCAACAUAAUGCAGUAGAUUUAAUACAAUCAGAUGAAAAUUCUGCUGAAUACUUACAUACUACAAUUGAAACAGAUACUGACAGACUAUAUUCAGAUGAAGAACAACCAAAUAAUCUCAAUGAUGAAGACACACCUUAA